CGGAGUGAACUGCUUCGGACAGCCUGCAAUUCAGUAAUUCAGUGAGUAACAAUCUCCAACUUGACCCCUCUCAAAUCAAGCUUGCAGGAUGGCUGCCAAGCUUCCAUGGAAUUCGAUUGGCAGAUGACUGCUAGUUCUUGGUUUAAUUUUGGAUUCUCAGGUGCAUGGCUUGCCUGAAGUCACCAGUCCACUGAAAGCCCCGCGCUGCAGCUCCCUUUGACCAAGUCAGUGAUUCCUACUGGACAUCGUUGAAGCCAGCCUCCUUUCGGCCAUGUUCCGUCAGCAAUUGGCCCACAAGACCGGUGAGUCCAAGGCGGCCUACAACGUGAAGACGGAGCAGCUGGUCAACAACUUUGUGCAAGCGGAGAUGCAGGAGUUCAUGCAGCAGUGCAAUCAAGCGGCCGAGAACCGGCGAAAUCAUUGCAAGUGGACCAUUAACGACCAUUUUUUUUGCAACCGGGAUGGAGGCCAAGAGCUGGUGCUGCAGAAGUUCAAGGAGCAGAUGGCUGAACUGGGAUUUCCCAAUGGAGUGGGCCAACCGUACUACCAUAAUAGUAAUUUCCAUGUUGACCUGACAGCCACCUGGGAGGCAGAAGAUACAGCAGCCUGCACUGUCGAGGAGGCCGCGCCCGGAGGUACUCGAAUCACCUGUCCCAUCUGCCACGAGCAUCGUCCUGGUGUGGCGUUGAUCCCUUGUGGCCAUGUGAUUUGCCGCGACUGCCACCGAUGCCAGCAGAUCCGUCAGUGCCCCAUGUGUCGUGAAGCCACAUUUUCGGCGACCCGAGGGCUGUUCAUGGACUGAGAUGCAAGUGGACGGAAGAAGAUGCCGUUGCAAGAUUUUGGACAUCGGUGUUUGUCAGCAUGUUGGGAUGGCAUUGGGGGAAUGGCCAUCAUUGGCAUCUGACAAAUUGCUCAAAGAGCAGAGGCCGAUGUGAGACUCUUCAUGGCCGGUGGAGGAUCUUGAAAGCUUGAUAGCUGUGACUUGGUGGCUUCUUGCACGAGACCUGCAAGGAGCUGCAUGAGUGUUUCAAUUACAUCCCUACAUCCGUCUGCCAGGUUCCACUGCAGAAAGAUAAAUUGAUUGCCAAUGCCAUUCUUUCCUUCUUUGUUUUGGCUGCCGUUGCUUUGGUGCAGGAGGAUCCUGGUUGCAAGUCAGAACGUCUCCCUCGGAGGAACUCUGACACAUCACUUCACAAAGGCCUGAUGCUGGAGUCCCUCUCCAGCUAUCUCACAGGCAUUCCCAACAUCAAUUCAUUGGUGCUCACAAGUGGCAUUGCAUCAACAUGCAAGAAGAAACCAUAGCAGAGAAGCCAAGUGAAAGUGUCCAUACCACAGUGUAUAGCUCGUUGAAAAAAACGUUGAAACAUUUUGAGGACAUUACAACUUGCCGUGCCACUCGGUUGGACCUUUGGA